GGCAGCAGUGAGUGGAGCAGCUGAAUCUCUUGCGGAGCUAAAAAUAAUCAACUUUUUCCCUCUCCAACUCUCACCGUAUUUUGUUUCUGUUCCUCUCCCUCCUUUCUUCCUUUCUUUUUUCUUUCCUUUGUCUGUUUUCCUUGUUUUUGUUUUUAUUUGCUUUUUUUUUUUUUAAUUCAAGCAUUCUGAAUGAGACGGUGUUGAUAAGGCUUAUUACUUUACUCUGAGACUGACUCAGGACUCAUAUGGAGCAGUUGGAUGGCGGCAGGGCCUUGUCAUUUUGUGGCAACAACAGCACUGCCUACAGUGUGAAAAAUGGCGUGCUGAACAAUCCGUGCUUCGUGGAUGCUCUCAACCUGGUUCCUCAUGUCUUCCUGCUCUUCAUUACCUUCCCCAUCCUCUUCAUUGGUUGGGGCAGUCAGAGCUCUAAAGUCCAGAUCCAUCAUAACACAUGGCUUCAUUUCCCUGGGCACAACAUGAGGUGGAUCCUCACCUUCUUGCUGCUAUUAGUCCAUGUCUGUGAGUUUUCAGAAGGCAUCGUCUGCAACAUGGUGAUGGGUACCAACCACCUCCAUCUCUUCAUGCCAGCAUUCAUGGGUUUUGUAGCAGCCACAACAUCAGUCGUUUACUACCACAACAUAGAAACAUCCAACUUUCCCAAACUGCUGCUUGUCCUUUUCAUCUACUGGGUGCUGGCAUUCAUCACAAAGUCCAUAAAGUUGUGGAAAUUUGCUGAGGACAAAGGUGCAGCACAGUAUCUCAGGUUGUACAUCACUGCACUGUUAGUGAUCCUGUAUGGACUUCUGAUGGCCGUGGAGAUCAACGUCAUCAGAGUGAGGAAAUAUGUAUUCUUUGCGAACCCUCAGAAAGUUAAACCACCAGAAGAUUUACAGGAUUUGGGGGUUCGUUUUCUGCAGCCUUUUGUCAACCUGCUGUCAAAGGCGACAUAUUGGUGGAUGAAUCCUCUCAUCAUCGGAGCCCAUAAGAGGCCUAUAGAGCUGAAGAAGAUAGGCAAGCUGCCCAUCGCCAUGAGAGCCCUCACCAACUACCUGCGGCUUAAAGACGCCUAUGAGGAUCAGAGGACACCUGAGGACCCAGAUAGGUCUCCAUCGAUCUGGCGCUCCAUGUAUCGAGCAUUUGGCCGUCCCAUCCUGCUCAGCAGCACCUUCCGCUACUUGGCAGAUCUGCUGGGCUUUGCUGGGCCCCUCUGCAUCUCUAGGAUCGUUCAGCAGCUAAAUUCUGAAAAAGAUGUUCCAGAAGGCAACACAACGGUCACCCAUUUCGAGAACUACCAUAUGUCUUCCCAUGAGCUGCUGCAGAACAGCUCCAUCCUGGCUGUUCUUCUCUUCUUGGCUUUAAUCCUGCAGAGAACCUUCCUUCAGGCCUCGUACUAUGUCACCAUUGAAACAGGCAUUAACAUGCGGGGAGCUCUGCUGGCAAUGAUCUACAACAAAAUCCUGCGCCUAUCCACCUCCAACAUGUCAAUGGGGGAAAUGACGUUGGGGCAGAUCAACAACCUGGUUGCUAUAGAAACCAACCAGCUCAUGUGGUUCCUCUUCCUCUGCCCCAACCUGUGGGCCAUGCCCGUGCAGAUUGUGAUGGGAAUAAUUCUGCUCCGUCAUUUUAUGGGCUCGAGUGCCUUGGUAGGAGCGGCUGUCAUAGUUCUGCUGGCUCCGGUCCAGUACCUUAUAGCUACAAAGCUGGCAGACACGCAGAAAAUCACACUGGAACACAGUACAGAUCGUGUUAAAAAGACCACUGAGAUCCUAAAGGGCAUAAAGUUGCUGAAGCUGUACGCCUGGGAGAACAUCUUCUGUGACAGUGUGGAGGAGACCAGAGGCAAAGAGCUCACCAGCCUCAGGACCUUCGCCUUCUACACAUCCAUGUCCAUUUUCAUGAAUGCUGCUAUUCCCAUUGCUGCGGUUCUAGCCACAUUUGUGACGUAUCACAUCCUCAAUAAAGGAGGCCCCAGUCCUUCUCAGGCCUUUGCAGCUCUGUCACUGUUUCACAUCCUGGUCACCCCGCUCUUCCUGCUUUCCACUGUUGUCAGAUUUGCUGUGAAGGCUCUGGUUAGUGUUCAGAAGCUUGGUGAGUUUCUACAGAGUGAUGAAAUUGGAGACGACAGCUGGAGAAAUGGUGACAUAUCUGUUUCCUUCGAAGCUGGAAAGAAACCCAUGGGGAUGACCAAAGCCAUCAACAGGAAGCAGCCAAUGCGCUACCAAAUGGACAACUAUGAGCAGCCAACCAGGCGACAGAUGAGACCCUCAGAGACAGAGGAUGUGGCUGUAAAGGUCACGGGUGGAUCCUUCACCUGGGGAAAUAACCUGUUGACACUGUCGGACAUCAACAUCCGGAUCCCAACAGGUCAGCUGACAAUGAUCGUGGGCCAGGUGGGUUGUGGGAAAUCCUCCCUGCUGCUGGCCAUGCUUGGAGAAAUGCAAGCCAUCGAGGGGGGAGUCUACUGGAGCAAGCAGCCUGAUUGUGAGGUGAUCCACGAGGGGAACAUAAGUUGGUCAGAGGCAGAGGAGUCUGACGAAGACAUCGGGAGCAAGAACAGAAACUCUGUUGCCUACGCUGCCCAGAAGUCCUGGCUGCUCAACGCUACUGUGGAGGAAAACAUCACCUUCGGUAGUCCAUUCAACAAACAGCGGUACAAAGCAGUGAUUGACGCCUGCUCUCUGCAGCCAGACAUUGACCUGCUGCCAUUCGGAGACCAGACUGAGAUUGGAGAGAGAGGCAUCAACCUGAGUGGAGGGCAGAGGCAGAGAAUCUGUGUGGCCAGAGCUUUGUACCAAAACACCAACAUCGUCUUCUUGGAUGAUCCAUUCUCAGCACUCGACAUCCACCUCAGUGAUCAUUUGAUGCAAGAAGGAAUCCUUAAAUUUCUGCAGGAUGAUAAACGAACCGUGGUCCUCGUGACCCACAAACUGCAAUAUCUUAUACAUGCAGACUGGAUUAUAGCAAUGAAGGAUGGUACAGUCCUGCGAGAGGGAACUCUGAAGGACAUUCAGACUCAUGACAUUGAACUUUAUGACCACUGGAAAACCCUGAUGAACAGGCAGGAUCAAGGGCUGGAGAAGGACAUUCAGCAGGACAGUCAAACAACACUUGAGCGGAAGACGCUGAGGAGAGCUUUCUACUCCAGAGAGGCCAAGAACCAAAUAGAUGAUGAAGAUGAAGAAGAAGAAGCCGAGGAGGAAGACGAUGACAACUUUUCCACGACCACCAACAGAAGGUCAAAGAUCCCGUGGAAGGUGUGCUGGUGCUACCUGUCUUCUGGGGGGUUCUUCAUGGUCUUCCUCAUGAUUUUCUCUAAACUCCUCAAACACUCCGUCAUUGUGGCAAUCGAUUACUGGUUGGCUAACUGGACGUCGAAAAUCAAUAACAGUGCAGAAACAGACAUGUAUAUUAAUGGAACCAGACCCACCAACACCGCAGUGCAGGACUCCUACUAUCUGCUAGUGUUCAUCAUCUUGUGCGCGGCUGGAAUCACUUUAUGCCUCAUCACCUCCCUCACUGUGGAAUUUCUUGGUCUUUCUGCAGCCACCAACCUGCACCACAACCUCCUCAACAAGAUCAUUCACGCUCCCAUCAGGUUCUUUGACAUCACUCCUUUGGGGCAGAUCCUCAACAGAUUCUCAGCUGAUACCAACAUCAUCGACCAGCAUAUUCCUUCAACGCUGGAAUCUUUGACGAGAUCCACGCUGCUCUGUUUGUCAGGCAUCGGGGUCAUAGCCUCAAUCACUCCUAUUUUCCUGGUUGCCUUGGUUCCUCUGGCUGUGGCCUUCUACUUCAUUCAGAAGUAUUUCAGAGUCGCCUCCAAGGACCUCCAAGACCUCGAUGACUCAACACAGCUUCCUCUGCUCUGCCACUUCUCUGAGACUGCAGAAGGUCUCACCACCAUACGAGCUUUCAGACACGAGGCUCGGUUCAAACAGCGCAUGCUGGAGCUGACCGACACCAACAACACAGCGUACCUGUUUCUGUCUGCUGCCAACCGCUGGCUCGAGGUCAGAACGGACUACCUUGGAGCAGUGAUUGUACUGGCAGCGGCGGCAGCUUCAAUAUGGAGUUUCCAUUACGGGCUUCAUCCCGGAGGUCUGGUGGGCCUGGGCCUUACCUACGCCCUCACUGUCACCAACUACCUGAACUGGGUUGUGAGAAACCUGGCAGACCUCGAGGUUCAGAUGGCAGCUGUGAAGAAGGUCAACAGCUUCCUCAGCACAGAGUCUGAGAACUACGAGGGCUCUAUGGAUGCCUCUCAGGUCCCUGAGAACUGGCCCCAGGACGGUGAGAUAAAGAUCCAGGGCCUGUGUGUGCGCUACGACCCAAUGCUCAAACCGGUGCUCAAACACGUAAACGCAUACAUCAAACCAGGCCAGAAGGUGGGGAUCUGUGGCCGCACAGGCAGCGGGAAGUCUUCUCUGUCGUUGGCUUUUUUCAACAUGGUGGAUAUUUUUGAGGGAAAGAUCAUCAUAGAUGGGAUUGACAUCUGUAAGCUUCCUCUACAGACUCUCAGGUCUCGACUUUCGAUCAUCCUCCAGGACCCUGUCUUAUUUAGUGGAUCAAUAAGGUUUAAUCUUGAUCCGGAGAAGAUGUGCACUGACGAUCGACUGUGGGAGGCCCUAGAGAUCGCACAGCUUAAGAACAUGGUGAAAGCUUUGCCUGGAGGACUAGACGCUGUCGUGACAGAAGGAGGAGAGAACUUCAGCGUUGGGCAGCGGCAGCUCUUCUGUUUGGCUAGAGCUUUCGUCAGAAAGAGCAGCAUCUUCAUCAUGGAUGAAGCCACAGCAUCUAUAGACAUGGCUACGGAGAACAUCUUACAGAAAGUCGUGAUGACGGCGUUUGCAGACAGAACAGUCGUAACAAUCGCACACCGUGUCCACACCAUCCUAACAGCUGAUCUGGUCAUUGUGAUGAAGCGAGGCAACAUCAUGGAGUACGACAAACCUGAGACGCUUUUGGAGCAGGAGGACGGGAUGUUUGCUUCGUUUGUCAAAGCUGACAUGUAGGAACACGCGGGACCCAACGGCUGACAACCUGCUCAGUUUCUUGGGUUUUUUUGUUUUUGUAUUUUUUUUUUUACCUGAAUUACUUUCUUGUUGAGGUGAACAGCCCUCUGAGAGAAUACCCCACUGCAGGGAAGCCAGUAACAUACUGUUUCUACGAGGAGAAGCUUCCCUGUGCACUCACCAAAUGGAGACAGGGUCAGCUGUCAGUCAGUGGGUUUAAGAAGUCGUACUAAAGAAGUCAGGAAGUAAAAGAAGGUGCUUUGGGUAGGCUUGCUAAUCAAUGAGUCCAUCGGUUGGUUCAUCCCGUUUUUAUUUUGUUUGAAUUUAAGAAAACCCAAUUACACAAACCACAACAUUACUAGUAUUUGGACUGGAAAGUGAAAUAAUAAAGAUAUAUCUUAUAUGUGAUGAAUGGCUAAUGCAAACUACAAAUGAAUAUAUUUUCUCACUUGUCUCAUAGAAAAUCUAAAGUUAUUUUUCCGACUUUCAAAUUUUUCUCAAGAUCUAAACAAGAAAAUAAGCAAUAAAUAUAAUGCUUGUGAAGCUCACAGUAUCAAAAUGGGCAGCCAGGCAUAUCUUUCCUGUGCUCUAAGACUAAGAAUAGUGAGAACACUUAAUAGUUAAUAAAGAACUGAUAAAAAGCAAAGUUAUUUCAUUUCUUAUUGCCAGUAAAUCCCACGAAUGACCAAACCUACUAUAAAAUAUGUAAUAUGUAUACUAAAUAAUGCAACCACAAAUACAAAAAAGUAAGUCUUAAAAACUGCAGUUGUGGCCACUUGAUGCUGGCUUCGAAAAAUCUCCACAGAUCCUGUGUCAAAAUGUCUAAAUUCACAAAAGAAAUGAACAUGUUGAUGAAAAACGUGUAUCUCAGAUCGGUUGCCUGCAGUUGCUAGGUAAAAUCGGCCAGAAAGAGGUGUACGGAGCUGCACUGAAAACCUCUGUGGUUGCUUUGGUCUGUAUCAGAUUGCUGCGGUUGCAGGUUGUGCAGCAGUGAAACUGUGAGGAAUGUGAUGAAGACGGUAAAUGACGACUGUUCACCUUCAAAGUAAAAGUUGUUCCUUUUGAAUCGUGUUGGUUUUGGCAGUAAGACACAACUUGCCAAGACAAGUCAACAUUUCCAAUGCAAAUCUUCAAUUCUAUUGACAAAACAAAUGAAUCAGGGGCAACUUGGAGUUCAGCAUCUCGCUCACUUUUGACAUGCAGACUAAAUGAGCCAAGAAUCAAACUAUCAAAGUUGGCCAUAUGAUAGGUGUCUAGGACUAUACGACCCAUUUAAAUUGCAUAUAUGUUUAAAGUUAGGCAAUACUAGAACUAGAACUAGACAUCUCACCCAUGUUUAUGGCUUUGGCACCUUUUGGAUCUGAUGAGCAGAUUUUUCUAUGUUUGAUUAAACUUGUGGAUGCACUUUUCUAACCAAGCUAAUAAGCACUAGCUGAUAGCUUUUGGCUCCAUAAAAUGUCAAGAUAAUGCUAAAGCCAUGACAUCAUUAUUGUUAUAACUACCAUAUUUAUAUAAAAUCUCUCUGAGAGCACCGAAUAUGGAUUACCUGCCUUAACAAAUGCACUGUUACCUCUUUUUAACACAUUUUUUACACCGUUUUAAAUGGAUUUGAAAGGUUUUUAGGUUAGAGUAUUAAGACAGAGGCUUGUGUUUGUUGGUCUUUUCAUGGGAUUUGUAGACAGUAGGAAAUACAUACAGUUUAUUAAAUAUAAAUUAUGGCUUUGAGAUUUUAUUUCAGGUGUUGAGGCUGUGAAAAGUGUAAAAUGUAAAGAUUUAAUAGUUGGAGAGUGAACAGAAGUGUUGUUUCAUAUUAAUAGAAUUUUUACAGUCUUUAAUUAUCUUGUGUAAAAUAUUUGUUACUUUUUAGAUCAUGCACCACCUCUGUUUAUACUGACUGGCACCUGUAUUAUGCAAUAAUAAUGAUGGAAGAAUUUUUAAAUGUAUUUAAAAUCCUUUUUAAAAAUGACUGUUGGCUCUUUGGCCAUUAUUUUUCUGAAUAACGCAGUGGAAGGAUUUUAAAUCAACCCUUUUGUAUUCUACUCUACUUUUUGACCUUAAGUUCUGCCAUAGAGGUAACACUGAUAGAAAUGACAAAGCUGAUGGAAUCAUAUGGUUUUAUUAACCAGUUUAAGAAUGCAUUUAUAAUGAUAAAUAACACAGCUGAUUGUUGUGGCCGUUCUUUGACUGAACAUGUGUUGACAUUUUUCACGAGAUGCCAAAAAUGAGACGUCACAAAAUACCAACAGCAGUUUCCCAAGUGAAGGCUGGAUACUCUAUUUCUGGCCUACUUCUCCUUCCUCCCUGUUCUAUCAGUUGUACGUCUAUGCCUCCAUUAGUACAAACACUGUAAGGUGUCACGGCUCGGCCUGCAGCCAGUGAACCUGCUGUCUGUCUGCGGUCAUGCUUUGCUGAACUUUUUAUCCUCGGGGACAAUAGAUACCCAGCAUGCCUCCCGUUAACUCCAGAGAUGCUUCAUGGAUGUUUGAGAGGGCAGUGAUGUCUUUUCUUUUUUUUACUGAGGAAGAGCAGUAACUUGCAGUAACUUAAUAAUCAGUUCUAGGGGCUGAAAUUUAGAGCUACAUCAAUCUCUAUUUUGCACAUUAAUAAUGCAACAUUGGUAAUAAAUCGGAUGAAACCAAAUUAGAGCCCAUAGGAGAGAGUGAAUUUUAGAGAGUGAAAUUUAGCAUUCACAAGGUGAACAUAAAGAGGAGUCCAUAUAGUAAAAAAAAAAGAGCUUUUGCAUAUGGGAACUGCUCCAUCUCUUUGAUGGGCUGAUAUCAACAUGUUUUUAUAUAUUUUUAUUUUUAAAUAAUGAAACUUUAACACACUCACUGUUUUUAUCAGACGGAUUGGAUUCUCCUUGGAAGUCCUAGCUAACACUUUUUGUUUUCUGUCCAAUGCAUUGUGUAGUAGAUUUAGAUUUAAUGUUUUCAUGGAGCUUUGUUUAAAGUGUCCAUUAAACUAGGAGAGUUCAUUUUCUGCUGGAAAUCCUGUUAGAGGCAGACACUUUGUCUCUGCAUGGAGAGUUAUGAAGGCAUUUUACAUGCAUCUUCAUAACCAUAAGCCACCUUUAAAAAUGAAAAAUGAACAUUUGAUAUAUCAUUUCUUUCAUCUAUACAAAAAAGUUGUAAUGUUGGCUAACUGAAAUCCUAAAAAAGCUUAUUGAUGGUUUCUCGCUCGGCAUGUAUAAUUCAACUUGUGUGGAUCAGGUCUCCUGAAAUUUAAACUGUAGGAUGAUGUUGUGAGCUGUUGUACAUGUGUAAAUGUUAUUUUAGUCCAUUGCUAGGUGGUUGCUAGGCAAUGUAAUGGCAUCACAAUAUCUGACAUAGAUAAGAACCUUUGGGGGCCGGAGAUGUACCUGUGAGCCAAGUUUGUCUGCCCGACUUCUGAUGCUCUUGGAGGGUUUUGUGGACAAAGAAUCAAACACACAGCAGAGAUGCCAGAGUCCUUUCUUUUGCAUUGAAAGAAAAAUAUUUGGGAGACAGUAUCUCAUAAUUAUGACUGUUAUCUCCCAGAUAAAAGAAAACUUCUCAUCAUCACAAGAUAAUGUACAAUAAUAGAAAAAUGCCACAGAAACGUGCCUGACAGUGUUCACUGUGCAGUGGGACAGGAAAUGGAACCGCUUCAUAAUGUGCUUGGGAACUGUUGUGUUUUUAAUCAUUUUGAGAUUUAAUAAGCAAUUUAGUGAUGGUUCUUGCUUCUGUUGGUUUCAAAUAAUAGAGAUAGUCAAGAUUCCUUAUCACUGUCACUACAAUGCAAGUUUUCAUAUAUAAACAGCAGAAGUCGUCCCUUUCUGUAGUUAAAAACACACGCAACAUGCAUAUCAAUGAAUGGCUAUUUAAUUAAUAGGCAGGCUUUUUGAAUAAAAAUAAAAAUAAAAUGUCUUAAAUAUAAAUGUUACCCAAAGGAAACCAGCUCAUUGCCAUCACAGUGAAUCCAUUUGCGCUGCCACUCCUGUGCUCUCAAACAUAAAAAUGACUGACCAACACUUACGGGUCUCAAAUUAAGUGAUAAUAAAUCAUACUCGUGAGCCAAGGUCUCAGCUUUUGGGUGAUAUUUUCAGUGCACAACAAUAUGUAGUUACAGCUCAGCAUUCAGUGCAUUUCUUUGGAAUAUCUUUUCUAACCUUUCUGGGAGCGGUGCUAUUGUCCCUUUAUAUUAUUGUAUAUUCAUUAGACUUAAUUUGCUUUUGGACUAAAAUUUGAAACUUUGUACUGUACAGUGUUGAAUGCCAAACAUGAUUUUUCCGCCUUUUCUUGUUUAAAUAUCUUACAUGUUUCAUCUCAAGAAGUUGUCACUUAAGCUUUUGAACUUUGUGAUUUCUCUCAUUUUACAAGUUGUUUUAAUAUAACACAACGAGAUGACACGUGAGGUUUACCGUCACACUUGGUGAUCACAAGCUUCGCCUGCACUUUUCUUUCCCCUGACAGCUUUAACUGUAACACUGAAUGUCUUUGUUGUUGUCCCUGCAGUUCUUCCAAGUCCUCGUCCGUCUCCUCUGUUAGCGAUCGAGUGCUCUUCCUGUUCUUUGAUCCUCGUUCAGUAGCACUUUUUAUGCUCUUGGCCACCGUCACACUCAUAAAUCCUUUGUUUUCCUUGCUGUGCUUCCAUGCUGCUCCUGUUCUGAACCUGCACACGGCUGCCUUGUAAACUCAUCCUCUCACACCCCAAACCACUUUUUGUCUUCGAAGCUGACAUUUUACACCAAGAGCAAAAAAGCAGUGGUGCCAUUUUUCCACGUUACACUUUGCACAGGUUUUUUCACUCAAAGAAUGUCUCUUUUCGAACAGGUUUCACGUGUGUUUUAGUUUCUGGGAACAAACAAGUACAUAAAAACAGCGAACGGGUGGAAAUGUAAGGGAACCGCAUGUAACUCAUUGUCGGAGCUAUGCAGAGAGCUUUACUUGCUUUCAUGAAGUUGACUGUUAACAGAGAGCAUCGUAAAUGCUGACAUCGUUCUCACAGAUCAGUUUGGAGAUGGUCAUUUUUUUCUGUAUGUACAUUCUGUAUGUAGUAGCCUGUAUAGCCAAGGGUUUAAACAUAUAUAUAUAUAUAUAUAUAUUAAACUGCUAUUAUUAUGUGUGCCUGAUUUCUUUCUUUUUUUACA